CACGAACGAAAAUCUUGGAGAGAGAUGAAUGUUUGUUGAUGCCUAUGUUAUGUAAACGUAAUGCAGCACAUAAGACCAUCCGUUGUUGCCAAGUCAGAGCCCCCAAGGAUGGCCAAGUUUGA